AGGUGAUAUGUGUUAAAAAAAAUCUGGGAACAAGCUUGCCGAGGCGCCCGCCGUGUGAUGCAUAUCGUACUAAUAAAUCGUGCCAAAGAAGUUUAACGAGGCAGAACUCGGUGCGUAUUAGGCAUAAUUUCAUCGCCCCAAUUAAGCGUUGACGUCACCCUGAGCAAGCAUUGAGGUAAUACGAAUAAAAUUAGAACGGAAAAGUUACCUCACACGCCGUCCUCACAUGCUUUGCCAAAAUUCACGUUAUUCUCACGUGCCGCACAAUCUAUUUUCAUUCUCUCCUAUAUCAAAUAAGGCAGUUUGAAAUUAAGCGAGAGAAACUUGAAAAUUACUAAUUUGCACCUUACGACUGAUUGUGUAGUUUAACAAUGUAAUGCUAUUAAGCGGGAUAAAGUUAUUAGCGCUGGUUCAUUAAUGGUUUUAUCUCGGUUUAAUGGCUGUUUAGUAAUCAUUUUAAACAAUAGUUUAAUAUCUAAAUUAAGACCCAAUCUAACGAUUGAAUUAAACGAACGAUUAGUCAGAAUAUUAGGUAUUUCGCUCUUCGACGGUGUUAAGAGGAAGCCGUCCGUUUCUGCGAUAUAAACUAUCCAUCUGUCUGGCUUAAUCAGACAAGGCAGACAGACUGGCUCGUGCGAGGCAGCCGUCAGUGCCCCGAAAGACUGGGCAAUCUCUCUCUCUCCGGAGCAACGCAACGUGGCCACUCGUUGCUGGAGGGGGACCAGACGCGGCAGCUGUUUGCUCGUCGUGGAACGGAUCGGGGGGUCCCGCCGGCAUGUGUACGUACCCCCUCAGUAAUGCCGCAUCGCUGGUGUUCGCAGCUCGCGCGAGAGCGACGCGGCGCGAGAACGUGAGGGAAGUCGUGAGGACUCUUGCGAGUCAAGGUCGCGGAUCUCGCCGAGAAAAGGAGGCGACCGCCGUGGAGGAAACCGCCGAAGGGAAAGUGGCCGCGCGCCAUCUCGGGCCUCGUGGGACCGGGGCCUCGUGACGCUGCGAGAAAAUCAGCCCCUCCGCAGGCCGCUUCGUACGCCUGUAGUCCAAUCCCGGGGUCACAGCGGCCAACGGUUGUAAAAAGUGCGCGCGCACAUGACGCGUUUCGAAACCGAGGGCCUGUCCGUCGGUAAAUCGCCGAGGCUCGAUCUUGCUCCUGUGCGCGACAUCUCGUCACGUGUCGGACGUUUAACAGUUCGAUCGUGUGUGACUGAAGAAAAAAUUGGCCGGCCGCUGGUGCUCGGGAGUAGUCCGGGGCAACGUGCCUAUCACGGUGACAUUGGACAAAUGUGGUGCGGCGUCGUGGAUCGAUAGUGAAAGAAUUUCCAAAUGAUGAAUUGAUAGUGAAAGAAUGUCCGAAUGAUGAAUCGAUAGUGAAAGCAUUUCCAAAUGAUGAAUCGACAGUGAAAGAAUUUCCAAAUAAUGGCCCAAGGAUACAUAGCGAUCAAGGGUCUCCGUUAGUUUAUUAGUAGCAAUAGAAAAAUUAAGAGGUAUAUCGCCUCGACAAUUAUAUACAACGUAAUAUCCAAAUUAUGGAUAUUGAUGCGGAAGCGACGUACAAUCGUCAGGACGGUCGGACAAAAGUCGCGGCGACUUUAACGAGCCAAACGGCGUCCGAGGGACGACGCUGUCCUCGCCUGCGCGCGCGGAGACGCCGCUCUCGAUGUCGCGCCUAUAGAACCGGGCCCAGCCCUGUGGAAUUCGCCCUGUGACAGAGCCAGCUCUACUCAGCCAAAGAAUUACUUACGGAGAGCAGCAAAUGUCGAAGCUUUAUCCUACCAAAGAGAAGCGGUAACGUGCCUUAUUGCCAACAGCGAUAAUACAUAUUAUCAAUAAUUUAUAAAACGAGCGACAUGCGAAAAGCGAUCCCGUCGCAUUGAGAAGGUUCAGGCGUAUCGAGGCUCUCAAAGGGAUCAGGUAUCUCGAUAGGACAUUGGGACUGUACAUCAAGCGGAAUCAUCGAGCGAUCCCCAGAUGAAAUUUCGCAAAUCCGCCCCAUCUAGCCCGAAGAUGGAACUACUCUCGAGGCGUUCCUCGGGCGGCGGGAUGUCGACCUUGAAGAGGUCGAGAUCCUUCCGAGCGUCUAUGAAGCUGAUGUCAAAGAUACGCGAUCAUGCGAAGCAGCGACUGACCGCUGGCUUCGAUCUGUCGUCCGUCCCGAAGGAUCUCGUCGUCAAGAAAGGAUGUAAUCUGUCUGUCCUUGAAGAAUCUCAGAACGGCGAGAAGCCCACGAGUCCGCGAAAAAAUUUCGGGAGUACGAAUCCGCGCGACAAAAUCGACGGCGCGGCGUCCCCGAGUCCUCGAAAGACCUCGGAUCUCGAUUCGCGAGAAAUCACGAAGGAUCUGAAGAACAAGCUGUCUCUGACUGACAGGCUAAUGGGUAAGGGCCGGAAGGACGUGGAGAGGCCCUCGACGAGGGACGAAGGGACGAAAUCACCGAAGAUCGUUCACAUUUUUCGUAGGAGACACAGUGCGGAGAGCGCGCAGGAAGAUGCUCGUGAAAAGGACUGUAAUGACAAACGUGCGCCCUGCGAGACAGACACGGGUCGAUCGAGCAAACAUGUGUCCUACGAGAACCCCACGUUCGUGCUGGACAGUUCCUUGGACUCCUCCGUCUCGAGCUUCCUCUUUGAAGUGAAAGAGGAGGAGGAAGAACAACGGCAGGAGCAAGAGGGCGAAAGUGAUCGCGCCGCCGUGUCAUCCGAAUGCGAUGUCUUGACCGUCGUCGUGGAUUCCCACAAGGCCGCGCCUAAUCGGCCCUUCUAUCGCAAAACGAGCUACGCGCGAGGCAAGGACGAGGAUGAAGAAUACCUCGAGGACGGGGAGUCACGAAACGCAUUUCGUCCCAGAUGCGAGACCGAUCCUCUGAGACGUCCUUGCGAGGCGAGGAGCGAUCAUUUGAACGUGAUAAACAGAAAUAGAAGGACGACCGAGUCCUUCGGCGAAUUUGAUCGGCCGAGGAUUAAAUUUUACUGCAAGAUAUACGAGACGGAGAGAAGAAACGCCACGAUCUGCCUGCAGAAUCAGAAGAUCCACGACAGCGUCAAGACAUGCCCUUCAAAGUCCUGUAAAAUCAGAACGGAUAACAUUGCCAACUUUUGGACAAGACGUGGCAAUAGUUUUCGAAAUAAAAUGACGACCGACAGGAAAAGAGACGCGAAGGAAACGAAGAGUUACGAGCGGCUCGGUCAGGAGCGAGUUUUCGUGUCGACAUCAUCGGGAUCAAAGUUCCACUCGUUGCAAGGGAUGGAGUUCCUGGAGGGUUUCGGCAAGAAGAAACAACAGCCACACCAACAACUAAAUAAUCUAUCGUCAAUACAUAUCAAUCCUCUCUCGGCCCAAUCCCUCAACAUACACCUGCAUGCCCUGUUUGCGGCUGUGGAACAUGGUCACUUGGAUAAAGCGAGGACUAUUUUGGAAUCUACCGAUGUGGACAUAAAUAGCGUUAACAGCGACGGCUUGUCACCGCUGGACGUCGCUGUGCUUAGCAACAACAGGCCGCUUGCAAAAAUGCUGGUUGCGUUCGGGGCGCAGGAGGGGAAUCAAUUCAAGUCUCCGGAAUCUCUGGGUAGCCACUUGGCGUCAUUGCUCUCGGAAGCGGAACACAGGGUUCAAGAGCUCGGCGGCAGUACUUCCGGCAGCGGUGGAACAACUCUAUUGGAACCACCUAGCAGCCAUAGGGCCAGUUUUUCCACGCAACAUAACAAUCCCACGGGAUGCGGAGGUAGCACGGAGGAUAAGCAGCUUGCCCUAUGGGAAAGGAGAGCCAGGGCCCUCAGAAAAAUGUUGCUGGGUUUCGAUCAAGCGCGCCCACCCGACAUGCCCUUCUUAGUCGCAGUCGAUGUCACCGGAACGACAUCGGUAGCAGUCAGGUUUCAAGAACCAGACUCGCACGACUCUCCGAUCUGCACCAAGUUCAAAGUCCAAUGGAGCCUGCACGAGGACUUUUCGGUUAUUUGCGGCGAGAGGGAGGUCCUGGACAUGAAGCAGAGGGAGUGUCGGAUCGAGGGUCUAACUCAAGGUCAAAAGUAUCACUUUCGCGCCGCCGCCGGAAAUUUGAAGGGCUACAGCAGAUUCAGAAACUCUACGCCCGCGCACGUUACGCCUAGCAGUUGGAGGGACAUAGACGGCAGGGUGCCCAGAUUCGCGGGGCGACUGGAGCAGCUGAACACUCUGUUCAUCGACAUAAGGCGACCGGAGUACACGCAGGAAACGCCGGCAGUGCAGAGGCGAAAUCACAAGAAGAAGACAACGAUAAAACAGCUUUUCACGGCGACGAGCAAAUUUCAGAAGAAUCUCAGGCGAGGGGUGUUUCUAGCGUGUCUACUCUACCACGAGGACAAGGUUCUCGUUACCAACGAGGAUUUCUUACCCGUGAUCGAGAUCGACGAGACGUAUCCCAGUUGUAUAUACAACGACUUUCAUUGGCUCAUGAAAGUCGCCUGUACUUGGGACGAUGUUAAAUCCUUACGGCAGGAUAUGGAGAAGAGUCACAGCAGCUCGACUAAUCACUUUAGGAUAAAAUUGCUUCAAGCUGCUGCCCAAAUGCAGGCUGCAUUGUGCAUACAGGACCUUGGACAAUUGUAUCAUAAACCUAUCAGAGACAUUCAAGGCACCUUAGUGUUCUCGACAGUAAAUUAUAUAAAGUCGCCGAAAUUGGUUUCUGUAUUAAACAGCAGGUGGUUGCCGCUCAGUAAAGUCAUAAAGAAGGUCAUAACGCACGAAGACAGUAACGUCGCCGAUAUUCUGAUGGCCAGCAUACAAGAGCAAAUGACAUAUCACCAAGUCAGCAGUAUUAAAUUAUCUAAGGGUUUAUACCUCGGUUAUCUGAAAAUGCAAAGCAGCGUGGACCUCAUACAAGUGGUUGUUCCGACGAAAUCUCCGAACGUAUUGCCACAUUGUAAGAUUCGCGAUAAUCCGCACGUGUCCGCGGAGGAGUGGGACUACCUCAAGAGAGUGACGCGCAUCUGCACGUCCGAGCUUUCCGUGAAGGAAUCCGAAGAGAAGGAGAACGUGACGAACGAGGCGCAAGGCACGGAACAGCAAAAGCUGUUCGUCGAUCUGGUCGCCGCGACAGCGCGACGACUGUUCAGUUAUAUGGAGAUCAGUCCGGAGGAUUCGCUGGUGCAUCGAUUGUACGACGCUGAGGUGAUCGAUCUGACUCACGACGUGUCCUUCCUGAUCGCGGUGCCGCCCGCCGAAACCGCCUGUUGCGUACCUGGCACGCGAGAGAUUCUGCUACAGCGCGGUGACCUCCUGUCGUUGCCUAUUCAGGUCUUCGAGAUGGUCCACUUGAAUACGUAUCAGAAGGACGUGAUCAAUCGUUACUCGAGGCUCAGCUGCAUCCUGGAACUGGACACCGCACAGGCCCAGCACAAUCACAGAGAGGCCUUCAGUUCCUUGGAGCUGAGCGUCGCGAAGGACAAACUAGCGAGAUUGCAGGAUCUUCAGUCGCAAGUGAAUACCGUGUGGAAAGGCGCCAGGUGGCUGAUCGACGUCAUAACUUUCGCGAGAGAUCGCGGCUCUUCCCAAUUAAAUAUCCCGUCGCAAACCGUUGGCAUAUCUAUGAAGCACCUACUCAGUCUCGACAGAAAUAAGAACAGCAACAGUAACAGCUUGAAACGGAGCUUGCUACAAUUACCACCCAGAGAUCCUAAACUUGUGAAAUCGAGUCCUGGCCGCGGCAGCUGGCCGGGUCCCAAUCUAUCGAAAUCGUCCUCCAAUCUCCUUACGACGGAAUUCAGCAAGAGCGAGCAACAGCUGCCCAGUGGGCAAUACGUGCGCAAAGGUAGCAACACGUCGAACGUGUCGACAACUUCGGAGCCGCAGAAAUCGUGCGCGCCGAUAAGCAACAGUAGCAACCUAAGCAAUCUGACGGCCACCAGUAGCGCGAAUCACCUGAUACCGCUGCAGAACGUGAGAUUGCCGCCCUCCAAGUCCGAGGACACCUUGAUCCUCGCCAAGUACAAACACAGCCCGCGAAAUCGUUCCGCCACGAUAACGUCGGCAUCGGCCAGCACCAGCCCGUUACUGAGCAUCAAGCCCAUCAUCUAUAGCGGCUCGCUGCUGAGCGUCUCCACCGCGAUCUCCACGAACACCACGAGUCUGCUUAGCGUGAGCAACACAAAUUCCGACAGUCUACACUCGCUGAGCAGCGACGAGUACUCUGCGACGAAUUCGAGCGUCUGCUUGAAGCCCGGCCAGCCGGGUGUCAAGGUCAAAACGUCCAAACCGACCGCGAGCGUCGCGGCGAUGGCCACCGUCCCGACGGAUAAUCUAGACGAGGAGAAGGAAGAGGCGACGAUGAUGCCCGCACCUCUACCGGGCAUUCUUCAGGUUUACGCGGCCUACGAGACCGGUUUGGCAGCUGGUACCAGUUUGAAGCUGCACGUAACACCGAGGACCACGGCGCGGGAAGUCGUGGAUCUCGUUGUUAAGCAACUAAACAUGGCGGUGGUCCUAAAAGGACAGAAGGGUCCCACCUACACGGCCGACGAGCUGCGAAACUUUUGCCUAGUUGCCGUAAUCGGUGCGCGGGAGCGUUGCUUAAGGGACGAUUUUAAGCCGCUUCACUUACAGAAUCCGUGGAAGAAGGGACGGCUGUACGUUAGGCAAAAGCAGGAUGUUCUUGCCGCUCUUGAGCACAGUAGUAAACACACCGCGUACUUAUAGCAAAAACGGACAAUUAAUCACUAAUUAUGAGAAGUCGUGACAACCUCGAGGGAUCGUUACGAGUGUGAUAAGUACCGGCGAAAAAUAGAAGUCUGUUUUAUUUUAGGCUUGUACAUUCCGACUCGGGAAUUCAAGCAUCGAUCUGUAAUAUUCUUCGAAUGUUAGUUAGUUUGUAAAUGAAUAAUACUCGAGACAUACUGUUAUAUUUUACGUACCGAUCUCAAUGUUUCAUUCGAUAUGCGUAUUAUCAAGAGGAUAUAUGCAAGUAUAAGCUGCUUGAGAGAUCUCAUUAUUCCUUAUACCGCAAUUCGUUGUAUCCAAGCACGAAUCGUCGUUGCGAAAUCAGUGAGGGCUUUUAGAGCAUAAGACAAAUUGUAAUGGGAAGUCACUUGGAUACUUCGAGUCAAUAAGGAUACCUUUUUGAAGUCAGUAAAAGUUUUAUAUUUGUAUUAUAAAAAUUAUAAAAUGCCUAUAAAGGAAUAUUUUACGUUCUAACGUAUGACAAAGCUAUCGACGAUGAUUACAUAUGACACACUUUCUGCUUGACUAGAUCCGUGUUACCAGGCUCAGAAAUAGGAAAUAAAGUGAUUUCACGUGCGUUUUUCGAUGCAUGUAAAUCCGACACAGUGUACUUUUUUUCUAAUAUUCAAAAUAGAAUAACGAAUAAAGAAUGAAAAAGUUCCUAAAGUCUGGUAGCAUCAUCUAAAAACGGCUUAGAGUAAACAGUAUAUUUUUUAGGAGAGACACGAUCAAUCUUGAUGCCGACAAAUUUUGUUGAUAGAAACGUACAAGAGGAGAACUCUAUGGAACGGAACUAACGGAAGGAGAGAAAAAAACUAAAAAAGGUUACUCUAAGACCUUAGUUGAAGAAUAUUUUGAAUCUAAAGCGGCGAGUAACGUCUGAACCAGUUAAUACCAGUUUUAUAGUUAGUUAUUAGCAUAGUUAAGACGAAGAGGCUUAUAGACUGUUGUACAUAACAGAACAAAGAGUAUUAUUAAUCUACUUCAAAGAUAAAACAAAUAAGUUGUAUUUUUUGUUUUGAUUUAUAAUUUCUGUUUCACACUAUGGCGCAUAUAGAGAUACUACUUGUUUCGUUAUAAAACGUUUACGCGUGUUUUAUCCGAGUAUAGAUGUUUGUUUUGUCUCAUUUUAAAAACGUGCGGCAAAGAGAAAUCUUAGCAGGCGUAGGUCUCGGAUCGGAUUUAUCUUGAAAAGUUUUUAAAGAAACUAUCUAAUCAAAAGGAAUUUAACUUUCACGUUAUAAAGAGCGAGUUUUAGCAAAAUUUUUAAGGAAUGUAGUUGAUACGUCGCCGUACGUAAAUGAUUGUAUCCGAUUAGAAGAGAACGACGGCGCGGCAGUCGACGUAUUAACCGAUUCGACGAUAAGUACCAUAGUGUAGAGUGGUUUGCUGAAUAUUACCCCCAAUCGCACAAUAUUACUGCACAAUAUUAUCACGCGACGAACUUCCCAAACGUCUCGAGGUCGCGUUGCACAUUUCGUAUUCGAGCUAUCCAGCAAGAUUAUCUAGCGCAUAUACACUUGUAUGUAGCCGUUCGACUAACAGCGAAAAGAGCGAUGUAUUUAAAAGGGGGAUCUUUUCAGGAAGUCCGAAAAAUGGUGAGAAGAUAGCACGAGCGACGAGGUGAAGCGAGGAUGAGGGAACGCGUGUGCGUGUAUGUUCGUGUGCGUGUUGUCGGUUGUUAAGUCCAUAUUUCUUUCACUUCGUCCGCCGAAAGCCUGCGUAAUAUCGAUCUGUCAAGCGAGCAGCCCCAAUCCCGAGUGUCCAUGCAGGUAUCUAUCGUGAAAUCCGUCCUUCACGCCGCAGAUCCGAUUUGGCUGUAUAUUCGAAGUCCUCCCUCGAAUAUCACUUGCUUAUUGAGCAGUAGUAUCGUGCACCAAGGGGCCACCUGCGUUUAGCGAGGAUGGUGCACAUAUUUUUUUAUCAAUGAAGUGGCAAAAGAUCGAAUUAUUAGGGAGGGGGGGCAGAGCGAGUCUCGCUGGCUGCGUAUACGUGAGCCCGUGCACCGCUGAACGUUCGUCGAGAGUCGAUGUCGCGGGCAGAAGAAAAAACGAAUCGGAAAUGACAAUUCGCAAUAAGCUUGAUUGGCACUUGACAAAAGUCAGCCAGCGGUGCGUCGAUUUAAUUAUGCAGUUCGUACCCUCUGCCUCUUCCUCGUUACUUUUGCCUAGACACACGAUCGUUGAGAGCCAACGGGCACCCGCGCCCCUUUUCCGUUUGGUCGAGAAGACGAUAGAAAUUUUAAUAGUACUACGUGAGUGUCUAUCGAUGUUGAAUGUAAAAAUAACCGUUAGCAUAUUAUAAAUAUUACGACGUGGAGAAGCAAGAGGCGCGCCGAGCCAACGCUGAUGCUGGCUGAAAUAUUUGUAAAUAUUUCGAGGAGGAGCGAACCCGCACGCACAAGGUAACCAGAGGGCGAGGACCUAUUUCGGACGUGAGAGAACGCGGGAGGGAAAAUAAAAUUCUCGUUUCUACGAUCCACACUCAUCGCGAUGUAAUUAUAGUUGUGCCUAUACGCGACGGCGAUGUGAGUUAAUUAGUUCGAGAUCCGAACGGAGACAUUCUCGCGCCCCGACCCCGUUGCUUCCCCCUUUUCCCGUUCCUCCCUCGUGUCCGGAAAGCAAAGCGUCACUCGUGAUUCAUUAAAAAGAGUGAUGUAACGCGAGUAAAUUAUGUACAGUAGCGAAUUGGUGUUUGUAUAGAAGAGAUGGCUUCGUUUCUGUUGCGACUAAGUUCUCCCCCUUCCCCGCCCCCAUUUUUUUCUGCAGGGGACAAUGUACUACGACGGAAACGCACGAAAUAAAGUAUAACAUUGUA